AUGUAUGAAGGUGAUAAUGAGGACAUGUAUGAAGGUGAUAAUGAGGACAUGUAUGAAGGUGAUAAUGAGGACAUGCAUGAAGGUGAUAAUGAAGACAUGUAUGAAGGUGAUAAUGAGGACAUGUAUGAAGGUGAUAAUGAAGACAUGUAUGAAUGUGAUAAUGAGGAUAUGUAUGAAGGUGAUAAUGAGGAUAUGUAUGAAGGUGAUAAUGAUGAUAUGUAUGAAGGUGAUAAUGAGGAUAUGUAUGAAGGUGAUAAUGAUGAUAUGUAUGAAGGUGAUAAUGAAGUCAUGUAUGAAGGUGAUAAUGAGGAUAUGUAUGAAGGUGAUAAUGAGGAUAUGUAUGAAGGUGAUAAUGAGGAUAUGUAUGAAGGUGAUAAUGAGGAUAUGUAUGAAGGUGAUAAUGAGGACAUGUAUGAAUAUGAUAAUGAUGACAUGUAUGAAGGUGAUAAUGAAGAUAUGUAUGAAGGUGAUAAUGAGGACAUGUAUGAAGGUGAUAAUGAGGAUAUGUAUGAAGGUGAUAAUGAAGUCAUGUAUGAAGGUGAUAAUGAGGAUAUGUAUGAAGGUGAUAAUGAGGAUAUGUAUGAAGGUGAUAAUGAGGAUAUGUAUGAAGGUGAUAAUGAGGACAUGUAUAAAGGUGAUAAUGAAGGAAUGUAUGACAGUGAUACUGAAGACAUGUAUGAAGGCAAUAAUGAAGACAUGUAUGACGGUGAUAAUGAAUACAUGUAUGAAGGUGAUAAUGAAGACAUGUAUGAUGGUGAUAAUGAAGACAUGUAUGAAGGCGAUAAUGAAGAUAUGUAUGAAGGUGAUAAUGAGGACAUGUAUGAAGGUGAUAAUGAGGACAUGUAUGAAGGUGAUAAUGAGGACAUGUAUGAAGGUGAUAAUGAAGACAGGUAUGAAGGUGAUAAUGAAGACAUGUAUGGCGGUGAUAAUGAAGACAUGUAUGAAGGUGUGAGACAGGCUCUGGCUGGCAAACUGGAAAUGGAGGACAACCGCUGGAAACAGUUUAGCCAGAGUGACGACAAUUUCAGCUUGACCACUAAGACCCUCACAGACGUCUACAUAUGCACCAUUGAGAGCAUCCUGUCAGAUUGUAUUACCGCCUGGCACGAUAACUGCACCGUCCACAACCGCAGCGCUCCCUAG